AUGGUGUUUGUAUUGCCCAUCGGCGCCUGCGAAGGGCGCAAGUACAGUGAACCUUUGAAAGUGGAAUCGAGCAAUUUGACCUACGGACGCCCGUACCGCUGGAAACGCGAGCGUGCUUCGCUCACCGCCUCGCCCUUCACUUUCUUGCCUCCCGACAUCCUCACCAUCCUCGAGCCCUCCCACCACUCCUCACCCAAGCCUCCUCCAUCUUCACCUCUCUCCCCCUCGUCAAGCCUGCACAGUGCGGCACCAUCCUCGUCGCUGCCUACAGCGCCGUUCAACACCGUCGACGCAAUCAUCGUGUCCUCGCCAUCAACACCCGAACGCACACCUUUCACCAGCCAUCCCACCGACCCCACAGCAAGCCUCUACCGACAACUGCCGACAGCUUCUACCUCAAUCAACUCUCAAAGCAACUAUCGACCAUCACCAAGACCUCUACUCUUCAUUGCUUCGUGCUCGUACUCGUCCUCUCUUCCAGCUGGCUACUGCUCCUUCGGCGUCUCAUCGACCCGGGAUGACGAGGACGAGGAGGGGCCAGCGUCUGCAGCAGCAAACCGACUCGCCGCGCCCUCUCUUGGCUCGAGUCGUCUCCACUCGAUCCCUUCAUCCUACCUCAUCCUAUCUCCUCUCUCCUCUUCCUUCCUACUCCUACUCCUCCCCUCCCACACCCAUCCGUCCUCAUCUCUGCAUCCUCGUUCCUUCCUCAUUCGCGCCUUCCUCGCUAUCAUCUUCCGCGUCGUCUUUGGCUCCAUCGUCGCCCUUUGGUCGCGAUCGCAUUCGCCGCGACCACGACGCGUCGUCUCGUCUGCCUGCCUGUCCGCUGCAUCCUCCCAUCGCUCGCGUCGUGUCUCUCUGCAAGCAUCUCCAUUCAUGGACAGCCGCUGA